AUGAAUGCAAGCUUUGAUUCGGAUUGCGAAACUUCACAUACUGGCUGGCAUCCCGAGGGGUCACGAAUCACGAUAGUGCGUGUGCCCGCACCCGAGGAGCUGACAGAUGAGGUGCUCAUCAAAGUGCGUUGCGUUUCGCUCAACUACUGUGACACCGAAGUCAUCAUGGGUCUGUACGGCCACCACAGAUCCAUAAACCAAGGCAAGAACGCCCCAAUUCUAUGUUCCGACAUCUGCGGCACGGUGGCCAAUGUUGGAACUGUGAACGCCGAAGUUCUCAAGGAAGGCGACCGCGUCGUCUCUGUCAUCCGCUUCCCGGCUGCUGACCGAGUACCGCAUCUUCCCGCCACGGGACUGGUCAAGGCGCCCGGUUACUUGACUGACGAGGAGGCCAUCGGUCUGCCCAUUGCUGCUGUGACGGCGUUGAUGAGUAUCAAUGCUUUCCAGCCGAUUGGGCAGUCGAUGACGGGAAAGGAUAAAGUGGUGCUGUCAACGUCAUCUUCAGACGCCAAAUUGGAAAAGGCCCGCGAACUGGUCGCUGGCCAUACCAUCAACUACAAGACGACACCCGGCUGGCAAGAGACAGUCCUCUCCAUUACGAAUGGCAAAGGUGCCGACAUCAUAUUUGAGUGCGGUGGGGCGCAGACGCUGGAGAACUGCAUCGGCUACCUAUCUGGGAAAGAAGCUGCGGCAGGUGUCAAUGCGAACAGAAACGUCCCCGCACUCGCGCGGAAUGUCUCGUUGAAGGGGAUUUCGAAUGGGCCCAAGGUGAGAUUUGAGGAGAUACUCAACACCUACAAAGGCAAGGAGGUCAACCCCCCGGUGUUGGAUUGUGUCUUCGGCUUUGGAGAUGCGAAGGAGGCGCUGAAGUAUUUGUUCAGUGGUGGACAUUUUGGUAAGGUGGUGGUCUAG